UUUUUUUUUUUUGUUUUUUUUUUGGGGGAUGCCUUGCCUAUUACAAAGCUCAAAGAAGUAGUAGUGUGGUAAUAAUUGUGGAAUGGCUCAAACUACUUUUUCAUCUUCUUCAUCUUCUUUGAUUCCGAGAGCGAAACAUGAUGUUUUCUUAAGUUUCAGAGGCGAAGAUACUCGGAACAAUUUCACCUCCCAUCUUCAUGCAGCUUUGCAUAAAAGAGGAUUUCAAACUUUCAUAGACAACAAGCAGCUGAUAAAGGGAGAGGAAAUCUCACCCUCCCUCAUUUCAGCAAUUGAAGGAUCAAGAAUUUCCAUAAUCGUUUUCUCCGAGAACUAUGCAUCAUCUACUUGGUGUUUGGAUGAAGUGGUUAAGAUCAUGGAGUGCAGAGAAUCACUUGGACAAUUGGUUUGGCCCAUAUUCUUCCAUGUGGAGCCGUCCCAAGUGAGAAACCAAACUGGCAGUUUUGGAGAAGUAUUUGCUAAUUGUAUUAAUAGGUACAAGCAAAAGCCAAAGGGUCACACAAGCAGCUCUGGAGAUGAAGCAUUAACAGAUGAUUCCAUUGAAAAGUACAUUGAGGAAAAACUGGCCAACUGGAAAAUUGCUUUGAAGAAAGCUGGCAGCCUAUGUGGAUGGCAUUUAUCCAACGGUGAUGAAUCUCAUUUAAUCCAAAGAAUUGUGGAAGCGACAUUGAGCAAGCUGAAUCGCACACUUCUUCAUAUUGCCAAAUACCCAGUUGGAAUUGAACGUCGUCUAAAGAAUUUGGUUAGAUUGAUAAAGAUUAAUACAGGAAAUGAUGUCCGAGUGAUAGGGAUAUAUGGAAUAGGUGGUAUAGGCAAAACAACUAUUGCUAAAGCUGUUUUCAAUAGAUUUGCUGAUGAUUUUGAAGGUGCUAGCUUCCUUGCAAAUGUUAGAGAAACCUCAAAGCAAUAUUCUGGCCUAAUUCAGCUACAAGAAACAUUGCUCUAUGAGAUUCUAGGGGAUCCAAACAUAAAGGUUGGGAACACUCAUAGAGGCAUUAACAUCAUAAAGGAAAGGCUUUGUCACAAAAGAAUACUUCUAGUUCUUGAUGAUGUUGAUCAAUUUGACCAAUUGGAAACUUUAUCUGGAGGAGACGUUCAUGAUUGGUUUGGACCAAGAAGUAGAAUCAUCAUAACAACUAGGAACAAGCACUUUCUUACUUCUCAUGGAGUUGAUGAAACAUAUGAGGUUGAAGGACUUGAUUUUUAUGAAGGAAUUGAGCUACUUAGCUGGAAUGCUUUUAAAGGUGACAAACCUGGAGAAGGUUACCAUGAGCUGUCAAGAAGUGUUGUAGAUUAUGCUAAUGGGCUUCCUUUGGCUCUUGUAGUUUCAGGUUCUUUUCUUUGUCGUAGGAAAAAAUCUGAAUGGGAAAGUGUCAUCUACAAUUUAGAAAAGAAACCCCAAAAGCAAGUUUAUGACAUUCUUAAAAUAAGUUAUGAUGCUUUGCAAGAUGAUGAGAAAGCUAUCUUUCUUGAUAUUGCAUGUUUCUUUGUUGGAGAGAAGAAAGAUUAUAUCAUCAAAAUACUUGGGACUUAUAAUUUUUGUCCAACCAUUGGAAUCGGUGUUCUUAUUGAUAUGUCUCUCAUAACAAUAGAGUGGGGCAAGAUGCGAAUGCAUCAUGUUAUACAAGAAGUGGGUCGGGAAAUUGUCCGCCAAGAAUCCCCUGAAGUUGGUAGGCGUAGCAGAUUGUGGUUAACCGAGGAUGUUUCUCAUGUAUUCCUAGAAAACAUGGGAACAAAUGCAAUUGAAGGCAUUAAGUUGGACUUGCCUGAACCAAAAACUCUAUACUCAAGUGCCAAAGCAUUCAAAAAAAUGAAAUGGCUAAGGAUGCUUAUUCUUCGUAAUGUAGUUCUUUCUACAGUCAUUUCAUAUCUUCCUUCUGAGUUAAGGUUCAUUGAUUGGCCUGGAUAUAAGUUUCCCACUUUGCCACUUAAUCCUGGUCCAAAACAACUUGUCAUAUUGGACAUGCCUCAAAGUCAUAUCCAGCAACUGGGGGAAGCAUUCAAGAACUUUGAAAAGUUGAAAGUUGUGAAGUUAAGUUCCUCCAAAUUCUUGACUAAAAUUCCUGAUCUCUCAACAGCCCCAAACCUUGAGAGUUUGUAUCUUGGACAUUGUACGAACUUAGUUGAGAUUCAUGAGUCCAUAGGAUCACUUCAUAGGCUAGAGACAUUGGAACUUCAAUUUUGCUCUAACCUCAUGAUUCUUCCAACCAGUCUCCAAUCAAAAUGCCUUAGAACACUGACUCUCACAAGCUGCUCUAGUCUCAAAAGUUUUCCCAAUAUUGAUGUAGAAAUGGAAAAUUUGAAAACACUUGCUUUAUCUAGCACUGCUGUAGAAAAGUUGCCUGACAUCUCAAAAGCCCCAAAUCUCGAGCGAAUAUAUCUUGGCCAUUGUGCAAAUUUAGUCGAGAUCCACGACUCUGUUGGAUCUCUAAAUAGGUUGACCACAUUGGAUCUUCAGUUUUGUUGUAACCUCAAGAUUCUUCCAAGCAAUCUCCACUCAAACCAUCUUGGAACAUUGAACCUCAAAGCAUGCCAUAGUCUUGAAAGGUUUCCAGAUAUUCUAGUAGAAAUGAAAUUUUUGAAGGAACUUUGUCUAAUUGGAAGUGCUAUAAAAGAGUUGCCUUCCUCACUAGAGAAUCUAGUUGCACUUGGAGUCUUAAAUUUAACCUCUUGUAGAAAACUUGAGCGUAUUCCAUGUACCAUUUAUAGGCUGCAUCAUCUUAAGCAUCUUGGUCUUGGAGGUUGCUCAAAACUCUUUAAGUUUCCAAAGAACAUCUCAAAAAUAUGUCCAAGCAUGGAGUUUAUUCUGAAUACUUCUAUUAGCAAUCCUUUUGGAUCCUUUCCCAUGUUAAAGUUCCUUGAUCUUCAAAACUGCAAUCUAUUAGAAGCAGAGUUCCUCAUGACAGAUCCUAAUGGUUUUGGCAAUCUUGAAGUGUUGAAUCUUGCCAAAAACAAGUUUGUUAGCCUUCCAUCAACUAACAGGUUUACGAAGCUUCGAUACCUAUUUUUGAAUGAUUGUGAAUUCCUUCAAAAUAUUCCAGAGCUUCCAGGAAGUUUAACACACCUAGAUGCAAGUGAUUGCAAAUCAUUGCUUGAGCCUUGUCGCUUUAUCAUGACUGAGAUUAUAAGAAAUAAGGCCUCCCUGAAUGGCUGCGAAUGCCAAUUUAUACUUCCAGGACAUCAAAUUCCAGAUUGGUUUAGCCAUCAAUGUGAUGAGGAUUCCAUGGACUUCAUUCUGGAUUCAUAUCAAUGUGAGGAAAAGGAAGGGGUGGUUUUUUGUGGUGUUUUUGAAUUGGAUUGCAAACAAGCAAUUUUUUCAUUAGAUCUUCUUGUGAAUAAUGUUGCAUGUAGAUCAUGCAAAUACUCAUUUGUUUAUCAGAAGCAUCAUGCCCAUGAAGUUAGAAGUAUUAUUUCAGUAAAGCCAGGUCACUUUUGUCUUCAUUAUUUCCCUGGUCCUUUGAGGUGUGGAAACUAUAAGAUCUCAUUUUCAGCAAAGGAUAAGCCCUCGGCAAAAUUUAUCUCUAAGUGUGGAGUCCAUAUCUUGGGUCAAAGAUCAUAUAGACCCACACCUAAGACAACGAGACGUCAUAAUCAGAUGAUUUGCACAUGAUAACUGCAAAAAUGGUGACAAGAAGCCGAGUGGAAGAUCAGCUGCUUCAGUAAUCUGUUAAUGCUCAGAAGCCGAGUAAGCUAAGCAAUUUCCACAGAUUUGCAGACCAGAGUUCAAAUGAUAGAGGUGAAUUAGGGUUCUUUAGGAACCAACUUUAACCCCUAAAACAAACUCUUGUUUUUUGGUGAGAAGAAUGAGUUGUUUAUAUUCUAAAUCCUCAGCUAUCAUUUAUAUCUAAUUAGUUUUUUCUUUUUCU